AUUCGAUAUUUCACACUCAAUUCAUGUCGAUUCAAUACUUUUUAUCUUAUUUUCUGCUUCCGGAACUCUACCGUAGAAUGCGUCAGAAUUAAUUUGCGGGAAUGCCGGGAAAUAGUGUAACUGUGCGUAACUUUGUUGCGUUUAUUUGAUUUACCUUAUUUGUUGACUCCUUCGAAUAAUACACGCAUGAAAAAAUAUUGUGGAUAUUUGCCGUUCGAUGCUGUGUUUGUGUAGGAUUACCUGUGAAGAUUACAGUGGAUUGAAAUUGUUAUUAUAUAACAGCCCAACAAGGAUUUCGAGACAAUGAGAACGGAAUGAUUGCGGCGAAGAUUCUGAUUGAAUGGGAGAAACAAAAAGUAAAAAAAUCAUGUGACAUUGUGGAAUUCUAAUGUGAUAAAUUCAAGCUUGCUCUAUAAAUAAAGAUAAAAGGUGGAAGUGAAAAGCAAAUACAGAAAACGUACUCAGUCUCUGGGAUAUUUUGAAUUAUAAAAUAUCCCAUGUUAUCCGUUUAAUUUCCCAACGGUUACAAUUGUUAAACAAAGCGUAACCUCAAAUGUUAAAAUCAUCGUGAAAUGUGACUACAGUUUACAAUAAUUGGCAUUAUAUACCAGCAUGAUUAUUGUUAUUUGAAUUUUCAAAGUGUCCGACGUAACCAAAUACGGUCUAUACUGUCUCUUUAUUUGGCAGUAAAGUGUUUUUAACGAUUAGUGUUCUCUGGUGUACGAAUCAAUGUUAUCUAUAGUGAAGAAUUUACAUUUAUUUCUGUGCAUAAAACAAAAUAUAGUUACGAAUGACAUAUGGAAUCAAAACGCAACAAACAAUGAUCAAUAAUUUUCAUGGCUCUUUAUUUAAAUGGAUAAAAAUAAGUUGUGCAAUAGAAAAUAAAGCGUCAGUAGGAAAUGCUACGGGAGUUACUUUAGCGUAUUCUAAAUAUACACUUCGAAUUUGAUUUGUCCGCUUAGACGAUGCCAAUGACGUCGACGUUUAUGAUUAAAUAUAAUUAGCCCGGAGACAAUUAAUCGGAUAAAAUACUGUGGUGACACUUGAAAACAAAAGAACAUAUUUAGUGCAGGUGUGUGUCAUACGAUAAUUAGCGAUUAUUCUGGUUCUGUAGUUCGACGACACCCUGCGUGUAUAGAUGUUCAAAAAAGCAAAUCAGUUGUGGUCUUCAUGUGACCAACUAUACAAAUGGAAUAAGUUAGCCCAGAAGUGAACAAUGAAUAAACAAAAAUCCGAAGAAAUGCAACUCGAGUGUGGCGAUUCCUUCACGUCGCCAAUGAGUAAACGUAAAAAUGAAUCAACACUCCGACAGCUACAAAAUGAUGUGAUGGGUAAAGCUCGUUCUACGUUGAGCAGCUUAGGUGAUGUGUUGAAAGGAAAUAAAAAUGUUCCCGGUGGUGCAACUAUGUAUGAGCAGCAAUAUAAAAGUUCUUCAAAUGAUACAUUUCCUGAAGAUAUGGAGCAAACUUUUGCAUCGCCUCCCCGUAGCCCGAAAACACCAAAAGACAAGAGCUCUCUCGACUUUUUCUCCUGGUCAAAAAACAAGGCUAAAGAAACCUCCAAAAGUGUAAAGAAAGAAAAACUUAUACCACAACAACUACAACUAAGUAAUGUUCACAAAGAUGAAAUUGACAGUAGACAAGAAAAUGUAUCAACAGUGAACCAAAGAACAAGAACAUCAGCGACAGGAACUAUAAAAAAGAAUUCUUUGCACGAUUCCGGCAAUACAUCAUCGCUACGGCAACAACAAAAAGCGAAAUAUGCGGGUCAAUACGUCCAAGAUCCGUGCGAAGGUAGACUUGAAAGUGAAUUCAGUCGCUCCCUAGAAGAUGUGAUACAAUGUACAUCAAGGAAUAACGGUCACGGAGGGGAUAAAUAUUAUGAUAGUCGACCAAAGUCGUAUAUCGAUAAGUACGCUCAAGACUACGAUUAUAUGUACGAUUCGCGCGAAAACAUGGGAUAUAUACCACAAUAUGAAGAUGAAGUAGUAUCAAACCCACAGUACAUUCGAAAAACCACAAAUGCAUCCAGCCCAACACCAAAUAAACAUAUACUUUUCAAUGAAGAACAUGACAUUCUUUACUACAAAGAUGACCAGAGGCUGUCUAAAACUAAAUCAGUGACUGAUCAUCAUAGUAAAGAAAAGCAGAAGAUUCCACACACAAAGCAUUCGUCUACCAAAGAUAAUCGAAGAAUGCAAGACACUACCCCAUCAUUCAAUAGAAAAGUAUCUCGAGAAGAAAAACUUUCGCCCACGAACUUGCCCAAUGCAGCUUUUGGUUAUGGAACAACGGAACAUACAAAAAACCAGAAGCAAUUAGGAAAUGCUGAAGAUAAAAACAAAUUAAAUCCAAAGUCUCCGCAUGCGAGGCCCGUUUUGUCGCGUGAUUUUUCUGUAGAUUUCAAGCAUCCUGUGAAUAAUUCGAAAACGGGUUACAACGAACCAUUUGAAUCUCGAGCGAUGCGGCAAUACGCAAAUGAAGAACAUGGCGAUAGGAAAUAUACCAAAAAAAUUUGCUUCCAAGAACCUGCUUAUGAAGAUAAGACAAAAUGUGACACACUCCCUCGUAGUCGUGGCCAUUUGAGAAAAAACGAGCUUGACAAACAUGUGAACGAAUAUUUCGACACAGAUAUGUUGAGACCACGAAGUGGCAGUCUCGACUCGGACCUCGAGUCGCAAGCUAUGCGUAUAGUUAGAACAGUUGGGCAAGCGUUUGAAGUUUGCCACAAGUUGUCUAUACAGGAUGGAAAUGACAAUACGGACGAACGUUCGGAGACAUCACACUGUGAUUUUUCAGAACAAGAUCGAGGCUCUGAUAGAAUAAGCGACGAAGAGGACGUGAAAAAAGACAAUUUGAUGACAAUCCAAGAGACUCCGCGGCUGAUAAGGCCAAACCAUCUCGAAUUAUCACCUCCAUCGAAUUUAAAUUCGAUCAAGAAAACCGUGGAAAUGGAAAGCGAAGAAAAGACACCUUUAUCUGCAUCGAGAGAAAUAACGUCGCUAAAAGAGCAGCUCGACCAACAACAACUUCAGACUAGGCAAAUACUUGCUCAAUUAAUGCUUGUACGAGAACAAUUAAUAUCUGAAAAGAAUGCUAGAAUUGAGGCUCAAGCCCGAAUCCAACAACUACUCCAGCAGAACCGCGAGCUUCUAGAGCACAUUUCUUCUCUUGGUGGAUAUCAUGAACCAGACCGACCUAACAUUUCUGCUGCUAUCGGAUUAGCCCCACAGUAUCCUUUAUUCCAGAAUCAUCAACAACCUCUCAGCGAAUUGCUAAAUCUUGGAAGUUUGAAUCAACAUUUUUCAUCGAUACAGCAACUAAACAGCACACAUCAAUCAACUUUGCCUCCGAUGCAACAAACGUUCAACAAUAACAACAACGGAAGUUAUUCAACUCUUAACAAACUACAUAGCUUAAACACAAAUCUUCAAGCACCUGCCAGUGUAAUGGGAUCACCACUUUCAUCACUGACAGCACAGGAUCUUUAUAAAUUGAAUCAAAGUAUUCUCAAUCAUAUCACAAAUUCCAACUUCAAUCCAUUGUUUUCAACAUUUUCGCCAGCUAAUUUAGGUUGUAACCAACAACAACAUAGCAGUUUUAUUUUUGCAAAUCAGAAUGCUGCAGAUUUUAAUAAAAUCAAUACAAUGCAAGGUGAAAAUAGUUGCAAGCCUUCACCAGCAGAAAAUGUGACCUGUCUUCGAGAUAAUACUAUAAGUAAACAAUCAUGUGAAACUCCAAAAACAAUAUUCGAAAGAGAAUGUGAUGAUCUUAAACAGGAAGAUCAGCUGUCAUCGACUGGAAGUACCCAGUUCAUUAGACCGUUAUCACAAGUAGGAACGCUCACAACUAUGGAUGCUGAUGGAACAGUGAAAGUAAUAGUACCUGUGAAUACAAGUGAACCAAUAGAUACGCCAACAAUGAUCAAUCGAAAAUCUACUUCGUUCUCGGAGCUUUCCGAAAAAUCGAGUAUUGAAGAUAGCAAUAAACACAUCUCAAUAUUGAAGGACUCCAAAGAGAAAAAAACAUCCAUUCCAAGCCUGGUUACAUUGAAGGUAACCGAUGAAAGUGGAGCUGUCACAAGGAGAUUACCUGCAACCCCAAGUUGCAUCACACGUAGUACCAGCGAAAAAGUGCCCAAUCGAAGUCAAAUAAUGAGUCAAGUUCAGCGCACCCAAUGGGCCCGACAUACCACCAAAUAAAAGCAGGACUUGGCAGUCAAACGAAGCGAAUUGUAAAAAUAUUUAAGUUAUUUCUAGAUUAAGAAGAACAGUACCAAAUCAAUAUGAUAUAUUACAAUAAUAUUACUAUGAAACAUGUAAAUGAUGAAUCAUUGAGAAUUUCUGGUUUUAUUCUUCUGUUUCACAUGCCUAUAUCGAUGGAUGAAAAACGACCAUAUUUUGAAUUACAAACCAACUUAUUUCAAUAGAAUUUGACUAAUUAUAAUUACUAAAGUAGUUCGAUAUGACAUAGACCGAGCAUUCAAUCUGUCAUUAACACGUUAAGCCCCGUGUCGGUCCCUAGAAACUGACACUGAAUUUUCCGUCUUUUUUGUGCCAAUUUCACCGACAGAAGACUUUUCGUUCGGAGAAUGUCGGUGUUGGAAAUGACAACAACAAAGUUACAAAAUGAUACAGUAAAACCCCGAUUAUCCGCGAAAUAGUCUGGCAAAGUCACCGCGAAUGACGAAAAUCGCAGAUAACGCGAUAAUCGACUAAAUAUGAGGUGUAAACACGAAAUAAAUAUAAUUCAGCAUUAAAAUUAUGUUUUAUCAAUACAGAAAUAGUGUGGUAAACUAUCCAUCUGUAAGGUCAUGAACAACAGUAGUCAGAUAAUGUGGAAGCCAUAAUCAAAACAAAAAAGCAAGUGCCUGAUUUUCACUAAAAAAAUUCGGGAAGCUGUGCAAAAUUACUAUGAAACUCACCUUCGUGGAUCAUCCGCUCACGGAUAAAGCCAGCGCUACACGAUGCUACGAACACCCUCGAAUGCUGGAUG